AUGUACUAUGGAAUAGCUGGUAAACAGAGCCAUAGACGAUAUGGGAUGUUAGUUCCAUGGGUGUUCGUUGUCCUGAAGAGGGAGAACAGAGCUAGUCAUAUGAUUCCAAGUGUUGGAAUAGAAGGAAUGCUUCUGACUGUGUCAGCCCCCAGGAUAUUUUCAUCCAAAAAGUUGCUGGCCCAGUUCCCAGACGAUAAGCUGCAGUACUUGGAUCCCAAUUGCUGGCGCCAUUGA